AUGUACGAUGAGCCCAACAGCUCAGCGCGUCACCAUCCUUCCUAUGGCCUCGACUCUGUCAAACGCCGUCUGGAGCUGACUUCACUGAGGGCACCUGUGGAAGAGAGUAUGGUGGAAGACUGCACACCACAGGAUGGAUGGGCAGUUGAAAAAGAGCCGACCUUUCACCCGAAGCUGCUGGUCAUGAAUCCAAUCUCUGUUACUGUUGGCAGUAUGAAAGUGAGGAGUUGGAAGUUUUUACGCAGUUGUCGAGAGCAAGCCGUUAGAAUAGGGCUCGUAGCCUUCGUGACGUUACUUCUGAUUGGUCUCUGGACUCGGUUCGGCAACGGUCUUACACUUCGGCAUAGCACUAAUGCGAAGGAGCCGGUGUAUAAAGUGGUGCUGGAUGCGGGCUCUACUGGUACCCGCAUUCACGUUUUCAAAUUUCGCCAAAGCGAUGGGGAAAUCAUCUUGGAACCAACGGCCGACACUGAAAUGACGUUUUAUCGGAAAGUUGACGGUGGCUUGUCAUCGUACAAGAACAAUCCAGAGGGAGCCAGGAGGGGACUUGAAUGGUUAUUGAAAGAGGCCUCAAUAGGAGUACCAGAGGCUGUGGGAUCGCAGGCAUUACUACUGGCUACAGCAGGGCUUAGGCUAAUACCGCGAGUAGCGGCAGAGGAGCUAUUGCAGGUCUCUCGAAGGGUGAUACGUGAAAGCCCCUUCACAUUGGUACGCGAUGAAGAUGUAGCUAUAUUGGACGGCUCCUCUGAGGGCCUUUACAUGUGGCGGAGUGUCGACUUCACCUAUGGUCAAUCAAGGCAUGCCUCCAAGCCGAGCGCUGUGGUAGACCUGGGUGGUGGUAGUGUUCAGUUGGCCUAUAGGAUGAUGGGAGAGUCUUCCGAUCCGAUAGCGUCCUCUACUUCUACUAAGAAGGAUUACUUCUUAGUAUCUGCAUCUGCGGAGUCAGUGACCAGUGACGGACCAUUGUAUGUCCAUAGUUGGCUUGGGUACGGCUUGGAGGCGGCGAGGCAGCGAGUGUUGGAGGAGAACGUCAAUGAUGAUAGUCUCCCCUCCUCUUCGACACGCUAUGAUCGAUGCCUUGCUACUGUACGAGACGCUCUCGACUUGGACCAGGACUGUGGGGCUGCUCAGGCGUCCGAGUGUGCCUUUGAUGGGGCUUGGAGGGGCCCUAUAGAUCCUGCUAGUUACACCUUUAGGGUGUUCUCCUACGUUUUCGAUGUGGCCCGCUCGAAUGGUUUGGUUCCUACUGCGGCUCAUGAAGUGGUCAUCACCGUUGCAAAGUUCAGAGAGGUGGCUCGGGCGAGGUGCUCCGAGGCCACUGAUGGCAACCCAUGGGCGUGUUUAGAUUCUGUUUAUGUAACUUCCCUUUUAUCUGACGGUUUUGGUAUACCCGAAACAGAGCCUAUAGUAGUGGCAGAACGCUUGUCCUAUGCUAAGGGUCUCAUCUAUGCGGCUUGGCCCCUGGGGGCGGCAUUGGAAACCAUACAAUGA